AUGUUUGAAUCAGAUGACUAUGACCAGAUUUUAUCUCAAAUUGAUUUUCCCGAAAUAAGGAAUCCCGAAUGUAAGGAAAGUAAUAUAAGAAAAGAAGAAUUACUUACAAAACCUUUAUUAUCCAAAACAUCACAAACUAGUUGCAUUGUUCCAUUUGAUAAAGAAGUAAAAACUUGUGCUGAUUCUAAAGAAAAUACCUCUUGUGCUAAAAUUAAUUUAGUACAAGAAGAUAAUGUUACUUCAGCAAAGCAUACUAAGAGAAAAAUUAUAAAUUCAUUCUUUGACCACAAAAGCAAGAGAAAGUUUCCUGGUCCGGCUGGGUUAUUAACAGGUUCGUUUGAACAAAACCAAGAUGAAACCAUUUGUCAGAUGGAGCUGCUAACUCAGGAUAUGGAUUUCACUCAAAAUUAUUUACAUGGUGAUAUAUUUGAAACACCAUUAUGGAAGCGGUUAACUAAAGAUACACAAAGUUUAGGACAAAUUAAUUCUAUAAAUGCCAUCAAACAUCAGGCUCUAGCGGGUAAUUUACAGAGGAAAAAAGCUCAAGUAGUUGCAGCAUUUGUUGAAUCAGUAGAUAGAUCUGUUAUAGAUCCAUUAAUAACUUUAAGAGAUACUACAGGAAUUAUAAAAUGCACACUACAUAGAGAUGCAUGGAACACAUUUUCAAAUUACAUUGUGUCUGAAUAUUGUGCUCUAGUAUUAUGGAAACCUACAGUUUUAACGACUGGAAGUGCUUUCAAAAAGCAUUAUUUGAAUAUAACUUUGAGUAACAUUACAGCAAUCUAUACUUCAACUGUAAUAAAUGAUGAACAAGUGUUACCUAACGGGUAUAGCAAAUUCAAUGAAGAAGAAUAUAGCAUCAUUAGAAUAGAUAGAACUGAAAAUUGUCCUCCUGAUGAAGCAUUUCAAGAAAAUUUCGAUUUAGACGAUCUGGACAAUAUAUUUUCAAAUGAUAUGUUU